AGUUUCGAAUAUACAACAGCAGUUGGCCUUGCUAGACAAUGAAUCUUGGCCAGGAAUGGCUGAAGCGGACAGGGACCGUCUUCAGCUCAUCAAAGAGAAGGAGGCUCUUCUUCAGGAGUUGCAGCUCAUCAGUCAGCAGAGACGAUCACCAGAAGACAUUGCACGUUUGGAGGAAGAAAAAAGGCGCUUGGAGGAUGAAAUUCAACGGGCUCGAGCAACGUCUGCUCAUGGGGCCACUGAAAGGAUACUGUUACAGGAAAAGAGAAAUUGUUUGCUUAUGCAACUAGAAGAAGCUACACGUUUAACCUCAUAUUUACACUCCCAGUUAAAAAGUCUGUCCGCUAGCACCCUCACAAUGUCCUCUGGCAGCAGCAGAGGUUCCCUGGCCUCCAGUCGAGGAUCCUUGGCCUCUAGCAGAGGCUCCCUCAGCUCCGUCAGCUUUACAGACAUCUAUGGCCUUCCACAGUACGACAAAUCAGACAGCAUUACAGACUACGGGCAGCAUUUACGCUUUGACAUAAUUCCCUUCGAGUCUCUCACCAAGGAUGUGCCAUACGUCGAUCCCAUUGGACACUCGAAUUUCAAUAAGCAGCGGAGGUCUCUGGAUACCCCACAGUCCCUGGCGUCCCUGUCAUCACGGUCCUCCUUGUCAUCGUUAUCCCCUCCAAGCUCGCCUCUAGACACCCCGUUUCUCUCUGCAUCUCGAGAUUCUCCCUUGGCUCAGAUGUCGGAAGGUUUUGAGGAGCUGGCAAGCAUAGGAGCCCUGGAAAUGCUCAGGGCUCAGACCGCAGCGCUGGGUGAUGAUGAUGCACAAGGAACGAGUUCAUCUCAGGCAUCCACUUACCCUGUGGACAAUGAAGGGCUGCGAGAAAUGGGACCACAGCUGACUGCUGUCCAAACUGGUGGAGCUGUAACUCUGCGAGGAGACAGUGGUAGAAGAUCGGAGAGGAGAGCCAGGCGAGUUUCAGCAUGUCUCUCAGAUCAUUCACUGGCUAGUGACAGUGGCGUGUUUGAAGCUUUAAGCAAAAGGAAUGAAGAUCUGGAAGAGCCUAUUUAUGGUGAUGCUGCCAAUAGCGAAGAACCGCAAAUACAUGUUGGUUUUCUGCAUGACAGUGGAAGUGAAUGUCUGUUAGUCCAUGUAUUACAGCUGAAGAACUUUACUAGUCUAGUUGUUAAAGAAAACUGCAAAAUUCAUGUGAGAGUUUAUUUGCCACCACUUGAGUCAGGCACACCAACCACUUACUGCUCUAGAGCUUUGGAAUUCCAAAGUCCAUUAAUAUUUAAUGAAAUUUUCCGAAUCCCCGUGCAUUCAAGUGUUUUGAAAUUAAAAUCACUGCAGCUGUAUAUCUGUUCAGUUGAUCAUCAGCAACAAGAAGAACUGUUGGGCAUUGCUCAGAUAAACCUGACUGAUGCAGAGAGUUCUGGUGAGAUGCAGCUUCACUGGUAUUCUGUUCAGAUCUUCACUGGUUCAGACCCCCAGAGAGCAAAGAACAAAAACCAGUGCGAAGAAAGUAUUCCCCGGUCUUCUGGAAAUGUAACUACAGUUAAAACAGAUGCAGUGACAGCCCUGUUAGCUAGGACAACUGCCCAGCUGGAAGCAGUUGAGAGAGAAUUGGCAGAAGAGAGGGUGAAACUGGAGUACACAGAAGAGGAAAUCCUGGAGAUGGAAAGAAAGGAAGAUCAGGCAGAAGCCAUAUCAGAAAGGAGUUGGCAAGCAGAAUCUGUUGACAGUGGAUGCAGUAAUUGCACCCAGACUAGUCCUCCUUAUCCAGAGCCAUUUUGCGGGGAUUCAUUAGCUGGACACAUGUUUGCAACUCAAGCAGGCCAGUACAGUUCUGGAAAAAUGCAGCCUCCGCCACUAAAGGUGGAUAAGGAAACUAACACUGAGGAUCUGUUUCCUGAAGAAGUUCCUAUUCUUCCAAAAGAGAGAACUAGCCGCAGACCACGAGGCUCUGCUUUUGUUCGCAGUAGCACUAUUGUUCGUUCCCAGACUUUCUCGCCUGGAGCACGAAGUCAAUAUGUUUGCAGACUGUAUCGCAGUGACAGUGACAGUUCAACUCUGCCAAGGAAGUCCCCUUUUGUCCGGAAUACAUUGGAGAGGCGUACUCUACGGUAUAAGCAGUCCUGCAGAUCAUCUUUGGCUGAGCUUAUGGCAAGGACGUCCUUAGACCUGGAGCUGGAUCUCCAGGCAUCCAGAACUAGACAGAGACAGCUGAAUGAGGAGAUAUGUGUGUUAAGAGAGUUGAGACAGCGUCUGGAAGAUGCCCAACUCAGGGGGCAGACAGAUCUACCCCACUGGGUUCUUCGGGAUGAGCGAUUUCGAAACUUGUUGAAGGAAGCAGAAAGGCAGACCAGACAGACCAAAUUUGAACAUCACCAAGAGCAAGCAGCUGAAAAGAUGCUAAAGAAAGCAUCAAAAGAAAUAUACCAGUUGCGUGGGCAAAAUCAGAAGGAGCCUGUUCAGGUGCAAACUUUUAGAGAGAAGAUAGCUUUUUUUACAAGACCAAGGAUUAACAUACCUCCUCUGCCAGCUGAUGAUGUAUGACAUGUUGCAUUGUAAACAUGAAGUAUUUAUCGCUUUUAUUUUAAUGAAGUUAUUAGAUUAGCCAAGUUUCUUU